GACAGCGUUUCAUAAACUACUCAAGACAGGGACAACGGGGAGUGGCUUUUUUGGGUCUACCGGCUUUGCCACGUAGCGACUCUGAUUGGCCGUCAAUCUUUGACGGACCAAUAGGCAUGAGAGAAGGGAGGAGCUGCGCGAUGAACGUGAGAUGAGCGGCCCUGGGACAAGGUUCCGUUUCAUUGUUUGCGGCUGUUGGACCAGGGAAAGUAGGGAUACCAGACGCUGCCGGCGCCUCAGCUCUGAUCCAGGCUUCCUUGCUGUGAGUGCGAAGGACCUAUUCAUCGCCGGGCACCUUACACGGAAACACCGUCAUUAUGGGCAUGUGGCACGUACUCAUAUACACUCCUGGCGCUGCCCGCGUACAAUUUGAGGGUCGCAAAGUGGGAUUGUAUUUCUCUUUACAGUAACAUAGUAUCCACACCUCAUUGAUUCAUAGAAAUGGGCACCGGUGUGCUCAUUGUACAGUCACAUACGUGCGAACAUGUCUCCCGCCUGCACCCCAACUCAGCAGCAAACUCUAUGGACCAGUAGCUGUUUACCACACUGUCGUGCUGCGUUACAACAUAGCUCGUUAUGAGGGCUAACUAUACGUUGUGGAAAGUUCAUCUAAUAUAGAAUUUAACGAGGGACGUGUUUAACUGCCUUGUCACAUUAAAUGCAAUACCUAUUCUUUAUAUAUAUGAUAAAUAUCAAUAACUCUGGUUAAUUCCCACACAGACUGGAUGUAGGGAUUCCUUUGUCCUGCCUGGUUUUGUCAUAAAGUAAAACUGCUGGCAGAAAUGUACAGAGCAGAGAGACAUCACAUAACUGCACAGUCCAAUGAAAACAAGUCAGGGCAGUGCUGUUUGUUAGUCAUCCUAGGCUAGAACAUUAUGCUUUCUCUUUGCCACAUUCCAUCUUUCUGUGUGGCACGGAGGAAUGGCAGCCUCAGGCACUCCAUAGCAGAAAAGUCAAAAUGUGGCAGAGCGUCGGCUUAACGUUUCUGGUGUUUGUGGCAACAUUAAUUUGUGUCCUGCUUUUUAUGUUAUGUGGCUGGUAUGUGGUCUGGCACCUAUUCUUAUCCAAAUUCAAGUUUUUAAGGGAGCUGGUUUGUGAUAGUGGUUCACUUCAGGGAGAAAGUGAAUCAUCUGAAACACCCAGCGACUCAGAUGCACCCUCCACUCCUCAAAAACAGAAGCCAAAGUCAACACGACAGAGAAAAAUUCCAGCCGAAGAGGCAACUUAAAAUAACGGCAAUAUUGAGGCUUCUCCAUGGGGAACUAAGAAUUUUUUCAGCAAUUGCACUGUAGGAGACAACACUAUAACUUUAUGAAAAUACUUAACUUUUACUAUGAAGCUGCUUGAUCACAUCUAAAUAUAUAAGCUGCCUCAUCAAUCAAUAGGAAACCUUUAAUGCAUGGCCUGCCUAAGAUCUGAAGAGGAAAUAGUUUAUGGCUGAACCUGCACCAAUUGUCUUGUAGGCUUUCACAUUUGAAUUAAGAAGCAUAAACAUUCUUUUAAAUAAUGCUGGCUUGCAGGUAGUUGCAAUUGUAGCCUAUCUAGUUAUGAUCACUCUGAUUUGCACAUCAACAUGAACAUCAGUAAGAACAUUAAUGUAAUAUUGCUGGCAUCUAUAAGCAUCAAUUUGUACUCCAUGGUUACUUUUGAAUUUAGCAGCAUCCAGAUUUCCUAUUGGAAGCACAAAGUGCUGGAAUCCUGCCUGGUCUCCUGUAUUGUUUGUCUUAAUACCAUUCUUCACAUAAAGGAUAAACCGUUGGCUUAUCCAUUAGAAUUAUGAAUACAGGAAGCAUACAUAUUUUAUAAAGCUAAUUUAUAAGACAUUCUACAGGUCUUACGACUGUAGGAAAACAUUUUUGUCUUCUUCAUAAAGUCAGUUUUUGAAACCGUUUGCUUCAUCCCCCUGUGAUGGUUGCAUAUUGAAAAGUAAGAGGAUUCUUCUCCAAAGCAUUUCCAUGCACAUGUUUAACAAAUGUCUCUGCUCUGAGAUCUUGCACUUUAUAUAACUGAAGACGCUGUAGCUUAAUAUAAAAAAGUCAGAAUACAAAAAAAAUUUACUGGAUUUAAAAGUGUCACCAGGGAAAAGGAUGAACUUUGACUUUGUUAUACAACAUAUUUCAGAGCAGAGGUACUUGUUUCUAUAUUUCUAUUGUAUUAUUUCCUGUUAUAAGGUUUCACUCAAAACACUAGCAGAAAAUGACUAGUUUAUGUUUGGAAUCAUGUGUAUUAUUUGCAUCCUAUGAAGAGCUGUUUAAUUCUUUUAUAAAUUAACAGGUACAUAUUGUUUUAUGGUAUUAUGGUUACAUACCGUACUCAGAUGGAUAUGAGUAAUUGAUUCUUACCUAGGACCUCUUUUAAGUUGCAAUGGUUACAAAAGAUAUCUUUAUGACUUGAUAUGAUUUCUAAAGCUGUACAGUUCUUAUCAUAAUACUAUUUUCACAACUUGCGUUUCUGUAGCUCCUAGUAAGUGAAAAAACAUAACAUUGAACAUUUAAUUGAAUGUUCCUUUUUAGCAGGAUCAAUCUGUUUGUUUAACAUUCUUCUCAAGCUUCAACACCUGCAUAAAUGGACUCUUUAUGUUUAAUUCUCUCUCUUUAUUAAUGCCUUUUUAAAUCCAAAACAAUUCACUAUGCUCAUUUGUAGAUACUUACUAAACAAUAUGCAGAGGAGCAUUGAAUCAAACCUACCUGUUUGGCUUACUUGGCCAAAGAAAUACUGGUUAUCAGCAUUGUUCUUCCAGAACAUGGUGGAAUUUCCAGAAAAACCUACUUCUCUUCUAGAGUGACAGGUUUGAAACAGUUGUACUUAUUAAUCUUGCGUUAAGCAAGACUAGUGUCCAAAAAUGAAUUGUAAAUUAGUCAAAACAUUAGUCUUGAAUUUGAGAGCUUUAUAAUAGCAUUGAUCACAAUAAUACACUGCUUAGUGCAUAUAAUAUUCUUUGUGUUUAACAAGGCUGACAUGACUCAUACCCUAGUAACACUUAUUUCAUAAUCUCACUGAACCAGAUUGUGUUUACAUAUAGUUUUGUACCACUAGGGCUAGACAGAAGAGCCACUUCUCUAGGGUGCAAUGGUGUGGGGUGUUGGGCACUUACCUCUUUUGUCUGCCCUCCCCUAAUUCAGACCCUGGAGGAUCUCAAAUGCCGGUGGUUUUAACAAAUCUGGGUUUUUCUACAGGGACAUGCACUGGUUGCCUGGGGCGCCCAUGUAAUUUGGCCUAGCACAGUGUCCCACACUAUUUUUGUGGAAGCUUACAGAUUUUUGUAUAAUGUGUUGGGAUGGGGGCGUUAAGGUGUUUAGUUUGGUAACACUACUAAUGAGAAAUCAGCACUUGGGACGCAUAGGAGAUUAAAUAGCUGUUGAUAUUUCAUGCAUACCAAAUCUCCAGUGUUCUGGACCCAGAGAGUGAAACUUGAACAGUGUAAAGAUGGCCAGACACUGGCAGAUUAAAGCUGCCAAUAUCUGUCCUUUAGACCAAUUCGGCAUUUUAUCUGCUAGUGUAUGGGGGCUUCUGACGGAUCUCCCUGAUCGAUAUCAGGCCAAAUAUCAAGCAGAUAUAGAUCAGGGAGGUUUGAUUUUUUUGGCGAUCGAGGACCGCAUUGGCUAGUUGAUGUGUUUCUAUGACCCGUCAGCACCCAAUAUCUUCUUGUAAUCAGAUCGUUAGGCCCUAGGGCCGAAUAUUCAGAUUAACCGGAUAUUGCCCUGCCGUUGGCGGGCAUAUCUGAGAAAGAUCUGCUUGUUUGGCUUAUUGUGUAUGGCCACCUUAAGUACACACAGGGGGUUGGGAUCAACUAGUGGUGCCAGGUGUGUCUGGCCUAGGGGCCACACACUGUAAAUACAGGCCUCAGUGCAUUGAAAAUUGCUGCCCCAUGCUGGAAUCUGCCAAUUAAAUCUGGGGAAAUCUUUCCGUGACUCACAGCAUGAGUGUGUUUGUUUGACCCAAAAUAAUAUUUAAAACGUUUGUAAGGACAAAAUGAAAACAACUUGUGAAGUGGAUCUAUUUGACAUCCCUACAGUUUAAUGGAUUAUAAUAACAACAGUUCUUGCUCAUGCUCUGCCUUUAGCUUCCACAAAGAAAACAAAUGAGAGAAGAUAAAUUAGUGUGUUCACUCUCUGAACCAUGAUUUAUUUAAAGUUGUAGUUCACAGUUCAAUUACUUUUUAGUAUGUUAUUGAAUGGCCUAUUAGCAAAUUUACAGUUAGUCAUGUUUUAUAUGUUUAAUUAUUUUUUGCUAUUCCUGUCCUCUUUCCAACUUUUGGGGCCACUGACCCCAGUAGCCAAAAAAGCUAUUGCUCUGUGAGGUUACCAUUUUAUUUUUAUCUUAUUAUUCAGACCUUUCCUAUUAAUCUCUCCAGUCUCCCAUUUAAACCACAGUUAUUAUAACUUGGGACAUAGAAACCAAAUAGCUGCAAAAAUUCCAAACUGGAGAGCAGCUAAGCAAAAGUAAAAAAACGUAAAAACCAUAGAAAUGUAGGCCAAUUUCAUAUUAUAAAAGUCUACAUAAUACUAGGAAUUAAAGGUGAUUUAUUCCUUGUACAACGUCUGGAAACAUCAUCAGCUAAUUAUAAAGAGCUAUUUACAUGUUCCCUCCAUGUGAAUAAUUUUUCAAGACUAAUCCAGAAAAAAGUAAUUUCAGUCAGUGAUGAAUGCUUCGUAGUUUUUAUUUGCAGGUUUAACUAAGGAAUUGGCAUAAUCUGUUUAUAAAAAGCAUUGAGAUUCAGAAGCCAUACUCCAUAUUGUGAAUGUGAGUACUUCGUUCCAGACACCUAUUAAAUUGAAGUAACUAAAUUUUCCAGACAAAUCUAGAGUUCAAUUUAUGCCAAUUUCAAGUUGGUGUAAGUAUUUCUACGGUAUUAAUGGUGUUUUGCUGGUGUUAAUACAGGUAUGGGAUUCAUUAACCAGAAACACGUUAUCCAGAAAGCUCAGAAUUACAGGAAGUAAAUUUUCCAUAGACUCCAAUUUAACUAAAUAAUUCACAUUCGUCUUUUCAAUUCCCCUUUUUUCUGUUGCAAUAAAACCGUACCUUGUACUUGAUCCCAACUAAGAUAUAAUUAAUCCUUAUUGGAAGCAAAACAAUUCUAUUGGGUUUAUUUAAUAUUUUAUUGAUUAUGUAGCAGACUUAAGGUAUGCUAAUCCAAAUUAGGGAAAGAUCCCUUAUCUGUAAAACCCCGGUACCUAAGCAUUGUGGAUAAUAGAUCAAAUUCCGAAACAUGUCAAACUGGCAAAUUUGCUUCACUGCAGUGAAUGGUGCAAUGUGGUAUAAACAAAGAAAUGCCAUUUAGACAAUUGCAAAAUUGAAAAGGAACAUAUUCGUUCGAUUUAGUGCCACAUUUGUGAAUCGCUCCCAAUUAUGUUACUUUAUUUCCUCUUUAUAUGUGGAAUCUCAUUUGAAUAAGCUUUCCACUGUUCUAUACCAUGUUUUUUUCAAUAAGAAUUCUAAUCUAUACAUAAUCUAUUUUAUUUCACAUUAGUAAUGUUAAAUGACCCCAUACAUUUUUUGUACGGUAUGUAUUUUUUAUGGCAGAAUUUUCAUUUUGCUGUAACUUAUACUGUAUAUGUCGGUUUGACAUCUUAUAUUUUGCGUGAGUUACAAUAUCAGUCUUCUUGUAAAAAAAGUGCAAUAUGAGAUUAUGUGCUACAGUUUUUGUAAACCUUGAUAUGGGUUUUUUUUAAUGUCUGCAUUAAUUAUAACUGAAUUGCUUGCAUUAUCUAAUAUCCCGAAGUCCCAAGACAUGCAGAAUAAGGGUUUAUUUAUUGUUAAACAUCCACCUCCUCAGAAUCUGGAUUCAGCUUGGUAGGGAAGCGGUGAGAACACAGUGGCCACUUUCUGCUAGAUGUGGGAAUAAGUUUGAGGAGCCCUUGUUUUGGAAUGUUCCAUAAUACCGGGAUACAGAUACCUGUACCAAUCCAGAAGAAAUAUAUUUGUUUUAAGCUUUCAGCAUUUUAUCUUAAUACAAUUAAAAUAAAAAUUUUAUUUAAAGGGAUACUGACAUAUCUGCUGACAAAAACAGAAGCAGUUUGUAGCAAGGGGCUUUUUUUGCAAACAACCCCACCAGCAGUUGCUUUUAGUUUUCAGUAUGUGUCUCCUGUAGCUUUUUGAUUUUGUGCCUGCUAAACUUUCAUUAAAAGUUGAAAGUACAGGUAUUUUCUUAUUUUGCUGUAUGUCUCACACACUAUAGAUGAGCACCAGUGCUGAAUACAGAAUAAACUGACCUCUUCUACUUUAUGCAUUCAGCAUCUGUGGACCUUCAUGUGAGUACAGAGUUCUAUAGUUCAUUCUUUAAGUAGGUGUUUUUAGCUUAAGUGUAAAGAAACAUGACACACAGUGGUGUCACCACAAGCCAUCCCAUAAGUAUGAGAAAGGGAUGUAUGCAUCUUGGGUUCUUCAGUGAGUAAUUGGAGGCGAGGGAGUCCCCAUCAAAAUACAAACCAAGAAUACUGUGUUCCCAGCUCUCUGGAUGCUUAGCCAGGUAGGACAGUUGCACAAUUGUAGAACUUCAGUAUUGUAGAUGGUAUCUAAGAUUUAGUUUUUUGGGGUUUUUUUUAUGUUACUGGGAACUCUGCUUGCUUUAAUUAUAUUACAAAUACAAACUGUUUAUAAAACUGAAUAGUUAUCCAUUAAUUUUCCCCUAAACAGCACUGUGCUGGACAAAUAGCCCUCCUUGCUUUUAUACAAGUGAGUGGAAGCUACUAUAUAACAUAUCAUGGCUUAAAUCUGACAUGCAACUCUUAACAUGCAAUACCGAUAAAUUGUUAAUCAUAAAUUAAUGUUGUUUUUGGAAAGUUUUUCACACAAGCACCAUAUACCAUUUCUAUGUAAAAUAUGGUAAAAUACAAGGUAGGAAGUUUUUUUUUAUGUGCUGUAUGAUCUUUGUGUACAAUUGUCAAUGCCCUUGUUCUUAUUCUAUUUAAGAUAAAACCAGAUCCUACCAAAUUUUUCAUAAACAUCAAAUUUAGAUGACUGUGACCAGUUCUAAGAAGAAUCUCCCUCUAUCAAAUUCUUCUGCAGAUUUUCCCUAUGAAGCACCUGUUCGAUGUCUUUAGAUUAGUAGAGACUGGCACAGUGCUUUUAUAGCUGCCUGAGCACAUGUAAAUCUAGGAGGGAAUUCACAAAAGUGGAAUAGACUGAAAGUAGAGUAAGAAAUAACAUUUGUGUUACAAGAACGUCAAAUUCACAAAUGCCUUAAUCUAUUUCACAAAUACAGUGGUUUUGUACACUUCAGAGUUAAAAUGUUAUUCCAGAAGACAACUAUUACAGUUGAAGUACCUUAUUGAUGCAUAUAAAUCAGAAGUGCAACUUACACCAACUUGAUGUUGGUGAAAGUAAAACUGACACCAGCAUAAGCUGGUGUUUUUAUCUGAUGUACACAAAUGACACUUUUGUGAAUCUUCCUCCCCCCAAAUGGAGUACUUUCUUUUUUUUUCUCUUAUUACAGAAGCAACCGUUAUUCUUCAGCUGCUAACUGAGGAUGCUGGGAGUUGCAGUUUAAAACAACCGAAAAUAUGCAGAAUAUGUUUCUUUGUUUAUGGUUGUUCUCUCCUAGAAUGUUGGGCAUUUUGUGUUACUAGGUGGAACAUUUGUUUGUCUUUGCCUUGUCAGUGUUAUAAACCAUUAUUAAAGAUGUUAUGAAA